AUGUGCGACGAGAAGAAGUCCGGGGGCAGCACCAAGUGGCGGCACCCCGUCAGCCUCGUGUUCCGCAUCGCCGGCAUGGGGCUGGCGGUGGCGGCGGUGAUGGCCACGGCGAGCGAGUGCACGGUCUACGCCGACUACUACGGCGCGCGGCCGCGCACGGUGGCCUACCGCGACUUCCCGGCCUUCGUGUACCUAGUGGUGGCGGCCUCCAUCGCCGCGGCGCUGGAGGGCGCGGGCAGGAAGGCCGGGGCCGUGCUCGCGCCGCUGCUCGCCGCCACCGCGCCGGCGCUGCUCUACACGUCGGCCGGCGCGGCGUUCGCCCCCGGCUGGGACAUCUACUACUACGUGGAGCCCAGCGGGCGGCGCCUCAGCGUCUGCGCCAGCAGCGUCGGCAGCCGCUUCUGCGCGCAGGUGCACGUGUCCAUGUGGCUCUCGCUCAGCGCCGCCGUGGCCGUGUCGCUCGCCGAGUGGGCGGCGGCGUCGCGGGGGUGCUGCGGCGGCUCCGGCUCGGACUUCCGUCUGCGGGCAUGGGUGCCAUUCCAAGCACUAAGCAUAGCAGGUCCCUUUUUCUUUUUGAGAAAUCAAGAACUGUAA